AGCCCAAUUGGUCCCAGCCAACGAUUAUUUCCUCCCCAAGUUUUCGUGGAGCAGCCGCCCCCCCCUGAACCGGAUCGAACUUUAAUCGCAUCCUCGUCUCCAUAAAGUCUGCCGAUCCCGCCUAGCAUCAACAACGGACUUGGUCCGCUGGAAUGCUUGACGGUUGCUUGUAAUUCAAAACUUGCACCCGCCAAAAAGACUCGUCCCUCCGAAUAUUCUCGACGACCAAACUCGCCUCCUUCACUUUCCCUGGACAUACGCAAUUUGACGGGCAAGCACUCUCGCCCGUACUGUCGCCUGAGACGGCAACGACAGACGAGAUGACGUCUGCAAACCAUGACGAAAACCAGCCGCUGAGCCCAGGAGAGCCACGGGCGUCGGAUGUGGGAGCCACCCGCGUCACGCCUUUCGAACAAACUACCCUCACGCCAUCGCAAGAGCUGACCGCACCGUUCGAGAAUGGCUACCACUUCCCGCCAAAAUACCCUUGGAAAGAGGCCACUAAGUACGAGCUCGCGGCGUUCUGGAGGUUCUUCACCACCCCGAUGGGCUUCUUCUGGACCAUCUACGGCCUCAACGUCGUCGCGUGGGGCGGCAUGAUCUUCCUGCUCCUCUGCAACGCCGCACCCGCCAUGUGCUACCCCACCUGCGACCACAUCGACUCCCCGCGGCGGAAGUGGAUCGAGUGGGACGCCCAGAUCCUCACCUGGCUCUUCUGCGUCCCGGCCUUCGGCUUCGCGCCCUGGCGCUUCCGGGACCUGUACUACCUCCUCAAGUACCGCAUCUUGAGGAAGCCCGAAGGCCUCCGCCGGCUGGCCGGCAUCCACAACGGCUGGCUCCGGCUCCCGGGGACGCAGGACCUGCCCGUGGAUAUCGGCCCCAACAACAUCACGGCCGACGUCCCCCUAAGCUGCGUGCCUAUCCCGGAGAAGAAGAUGCCCCAGCCGCCGUUGACCGGAACGCGGGCGCCGCCGACCAAGAUGUGGAAGGUCGAGUUUGUCAUCUGGUCCAUGGUCUGGAACACGUUCGCCCAGUGCUGCCUCUGCGGCAUCAUGUGGGGCAUGAACAGGUACGACCGGCCGAGCUGGGCAACCGGUUUCCUGGUGGCCAUCGCCUGCCUCAUCGCCAUGGCCGGUGGCUAUGUCAUGUUUCUCGAGGGGCAGAAGGUCAGCAGAUUCGAGGGCGUGCCGCUCAGCGAGCGGGACCAGGAGAGGCUGGCGCGCGAUAAGGAGCUGGGCGUUCCGCACUACAACAACCUCGGGGACAAGAAGCCGAAGGAGAAGAACAAGGGGGAUCCUGAGAAGUAGGGUUUUUGGGGCAUCAUCGGAAGAAUUGGAGUUGGUUUUACAGGUUGAUUUGCUUGCAACACACACGAUACCCGUUUUGAUGGAUGG